AUGGUGGCAAGGAGAGCGUCGACUACUACACCAACGGAACAUGAGCAUUACUUGGGCGUUAUUCGAGGAAGCCUUCUACAAGAAGUACUUUUUGAGUCGAUAAAGGAGGCUAGAGAGUUGGAGUUCUUACAGCUGAAACAAGGGUCCAUGACUAUAGCUGAAUACACCAGCAAGUUUGAGGAACUUUGUAAGUUCUUGAGGAUAAGUAAGGGUGCCCCUGAGUCCUAUGAAGGCUGGAAAUGCGUUAAAUAUGAAGUAGGGCUGAGGGAAGAUAUCAGGCGUGCUGUGGCUCCAUUAGAGACUAUGAGAUUCUCUGAAUUGGUGGACAAUGCGAGGGUUGUUGAAGAAUACGCAAAGACGGUAGCCUCAUCAAGGGAUACUCAUGAAGGACACACUAGUAGGGAACGCGAUGAUUACCUCGGACCAAGGGGACAGAACUUCAAGAAAGAUGGACAUACUACUCAGUAUCUGCAAGGUCAAGGAAACUACCGAAGGGACAACAAAGCCCAGUUUCGUCAGGCGAAAGGAAAUAGUCGAUGCUAUGCAUGUGGGAAACCUAGAUAUAUAUCUAAGUAUUGUCGCCACAUGAGGAACCGAAAUGAAGGUCAGAAUCAAUAG